CGUCAGUAGCUUCAUUUUCUUUCUCUCGUCCCAGGUUAGACAAAUGUGUCUUUGAUGCCGAAUGCAAACCAGUGGGGCUACGAAUUAUCGUACGAUGUUUAUAAAGAUCGAUAUAAUCAUUGUGUGAGAUAUAGAUAUUGCGCGAUGUAUCCUUUGUUUGAAACUUGGAAAGAUUCGUGUAAGGGCGAUUCGUGGAAGAUGAACGUUUAUAAUGUAAGAUGUAUACGCCCUUUUCUUCUUUUGUGUAGAUCGUUUGACUUUCCGUAUCUGCUUGUAUCACCGUCAUCCCUCCCACCACGCCACUUUGGAAGCUGCUCAGCGAAACUAAGGUGCGACGAGUCCAUUCAGUCGUCUUCUUUUCUAUCGAUAACAUGGAUCACGUUGCGUCAGGUUAUCGAUCGAUGGCAGAGAUAAUAUAGAAGUAACAGGAAUAUUAAUAUAUGGACGCAACGACGAUCAGUCUGAUGAAUUUUCAUGGAAAUCUGGUAACGUUUAAUUUAUUUUAACUAAGACAGCUGUGUAUGAACGGUUCUAUUGCCUUUUUAUUCGAGCAUGGCUAACAUUUGAUAUACAAUUUAUGUCUACUUUAAAAUAUACUUGAUACAUAUUUCAUAAUAGAUCGUUUCGUAAUUAUUUGGAAUAUUAAGAUGAAAGUAAAUACGAUUAAACAAAUCACUUUUUUUCAUUCAAAUAUAUGAAAUCAUUCUCUUAUUUCAAACGAACUUGUAACAAAUUAUUUUAUUGUUUCAACCUAAUUCAUAAUGUAGAAUUCUUGAUAAUUUAACGAUAGCUUCGUGUAGACAGUUUGAAACAUAGAAAUCUUAACAAUAAUAGCUUGAACUAUUUCGAUAGGUAUUGUAACACACUAGGUAUUGGUAUAUCGAAUUCAAAUUAUUUUUCUAUAUUACGUAAAUUUCCUAUAGUUUCCGUCAUAUAUUGCAACUUUGUAAUUUGUGUCUUUUUCAUAGAGGUGGCGCGCAAAUAGACUGAAAUACUUCAAAGCAAGGCUUCGCGCGCGUUUCUCUAGCAUUCUUUAAGCAUUCUUUUAGUUGUGAACUUUUGAAUUCUUGGAAAUAUUUUCGGAUAUUUAUAACACGCGACCGUUGUGUGUUAACUAUGUCUCGUGUUCUAAUAACGAACAUUCGUGGUAUGAUUCUCGUAAAUGAAAUGAUCGAUUCCCAGUUUCGGUUAGGACAAUAGUGGUGGUUAUAUGAAAUAUUACACUGAGAUAACGGUUUACAAUUCGCACUUUAUUCCAACAACUUUGUAGAGAAGAUAGUUGGGCUGGUGCGUAUAGAUAAGUCAAGUAGGUGACUGAUCCAAGGAUGGAAACCCGGUCAAGAGAUGUCGACUGUUCUAAAGAUGGAAAAUCAGUAAAGUUCGGUGACGAUGCUAUGGCGAAGGAAAGCUAGCGAUGGGUGUGUCUAGCGCACGGGACCAUCGGAUUUGUUGGUGACAGUUUUGACUAGGAAAGUGAGGACAAUAGUCAUUGCUUCUGAUUGGAUGAGAAAAAGGUCGGUGGGCAAGGAAAUGUUCUAACCGCCCCCGAGAGAAAGUUGCUAGCCGGAGACACCGAACAUGAGAAAAAUCAACUUUCCCGUAUCAUUCCGUAGUAGACAAUAAAUUUAAGGAACACUUGAAAUAAAAGAACUAUGAAAAUGCCAAGAUUUAUGGUGGGUCCUGAAGACUAUCGAGGGUACGCAGUAACGAUGUAGACAACUGGCUGUCAUCUUGGCCGCGGAUUGGGGCCUGAGAUAUCACAGCUUCAACUUUUCCGUCUUCUUUGGGAAUGUUCUAACAGUGGCUCAGAAGCCAAGAAUUUCCUGUCUGAUGUUAGUCUUGGCGAUGACAUUCGCUGGGAUAGCGCGGCAAUUCGAUGGCGUAACGCUUCUGUUCCUCUGCUUCUAACGCGUGAAGGUGCAGUGAGCGCACCCGUCGUCCAUGCGCUGCAACGAUAUUGCCAGCUAAGUGUGCAAGGUUUCGACAAAGGGAACGAUCCUAGGAGUCAGUUUAGGAGUAACGAGAUUGAUCAACUUGCGAUUAACUUGUCGAUCGGGUGGUGAAUCUUCGAGCCUCCUGUUACGAGUUGCACACAAGUUCGAACAAGUCUCAGGCCUAUACGAAACAUGCAACUAUAAUAAGAAGACAAUAACCCGGGAUCUGUAGCAUAAGCGUACAACUUGGUCCAGUGGCUACACACCUCGAGCAAAGCAUGCAAUAAAAGGACAACGUAUUAUCCUGGGAUAAUAUAAACGGAAAAUUU